AUGGCUUCACAAGAGACACCCCUCGAUGGAUUAAAGGUAUUGACUGGAUUAGUUCAAGCCCUGGCAGAGAGAGUAGACCAAUUCAUGCAUGUAGCUGUGAAAGUCGAUGAGCUUACGCAAAGGUGUCAAAACCUCAAGCAAGGUGAAAAGUCUGUAAGUGACUAUACUGAAGAGUUCUAUAUUUUGACAUCUAGGGCAAAUUUACAUGAGUAUGAAGAUCAAAAAAUAAGUCGUUACUUGAAUGGGCUAAAUCAAGGCAUUCAGAAUGAAUUGGCCUUCAAAGAUGUCUAUAAGAUGUCUGAUGCCUAUACUUUGGCCCGCAAAGCAGAUGAAUCAAUCAAUUUGGGCCUUGGGACAAAUAGCUCCUGCCAACAACCUGGACAUAUGACAUUCAAUUGCCCCUCACGUCAACUCUUUGUCAAAGUUAAUUUGGCUGAAGAAAAUUGUGAAGAAAAAGUUGAUGAAGGAUACACUUAUGAAGGCCAAGGUGAUAUUGGGACGAGCCAGUCUUACUGGGCCUUUCAAAGAUACUUGGUAUCAGAUUAUUCUAGGGCAAAAGUGUGGAGUGGUGGGUACUUGUCCUUUGCGUUGUGGGAUGCUCGUACAAGGGAUCUUUUAAAAGUUUUUGGAGUGGAUGGGCAGGCUGAGGUUCGUGUAGACAUAUCAUCGGCACAGGAGUCUACCUUAGAAGAUGAGAUGAAGGUGAAGUUUGUAUCAGUCGCAAAGAAGGAAAAAACCCAAGGCUCCCUCAGUUUCUUCCAACGCUCACGUAAUGCUUUGAUGGGAGCAGCUGAUGCUGUUCGCAGAGUUGCUGUUAAGGGUACAUUUGGUGACGACAGUCGGAGAACUGAGGCAAUUGUGGCAUCCAUGGAUGGCAUGAUUUGGACUGGCUGUGCAAAUGGUGCACUUGUGCAAUGGGAUGGCAAUGGCAAUCGUUUGCAAGAGUUCCACUACCACUCUUCUCCUGUUCAAUGCCUUUGUGCUUUUGGAAUGAGAUUGUGGAUAGGUUAUGCUAAUGGUACUAUACAGGUAGUGGAUCUUGAGGGUAAACUAUUGGGGGGUUGGGUGGCUCAUAGUUGUGGGGUUACAAAGAUGGUGGUUGGGGGUGGUUUUGUCUUCACUUUGGCUAGUCAUGGGGGCAUUCGUGCUUGGAACAUGACAUCUCCAGGGCCUCUUGAUGAUAUAUUGAGCACCGAAUUGGCUCUAAAGGAACUUGUUUAUACGAAACGAGAAACACUUAAAAUAUUGGUUGGGACAUGGAAUGUGGGUCAGGAAAGAGCCUCUCAUGAUUCUCUCAUAGCGUGGCUUGGUUCUUCGGCAUCGGAUGUUGGUAUUGUGGUUGUGGGGUUGCAGGAAGUGGAAAUGGGUGCCGGUUUCCUUGCAAUGGCAGCAGCGAAAGAAACUGUAAGAUCAUCGGUUCUAUUUUACUAUUGAAUCUCUUACAUUGCCAUUGAUUUGUUUUAAACUCACUCUACCAUUUUCUUUGCUUUGUUUGUUUUAGCAAGGGUCCUUUGAGUAAAUUUGAGUGGCACAUCUUGCUACUAAAUUUAGUAAAAGCUAUUACUAAGCUCAUAUCAUUCAUCCAGAUGUUAGGAAAUGCACCCUAUAAAUAAGAUGGCAUCAAUGUGAAAGAGUUAACCAUAGUUUAUUAUAAACUUAAGGAACUUAAGUUUGCUUCCCUGCUCUGCUGCUGGGUAGCACACUUUAUCAUCAGCAGACCAAAUCGAAUACAAAAAACUUCGCAAAGAGGUGGCUCUAUUUCAGAAUCUAUCAAUAAAUAAAUUAACUUAAUACUAACUACUAUUGUAUUCA